GCAACCUCUGUGACAGCUCGUCGGCCGCCAUGUCAGCGAGCGGGGCUGGAAACAGAUUCGGCGCCCGGCGGUAGCCCUCCUUGCGUCUCCUGUUCCCAGCCCCAGAGUCUUCAUCUCAAACACAGUAUGGAUACCUCCAUGGAGGCUUGUUUGGAGGAUUAAAAAUAAGAUACAUGAAGUGCCUGGCACAGCUUCUAACACAUGAAAGAGACUCAGCAAGAGACAUUCAAGGACUUUAAUGAAACUUAAAUGGUUCAACAAAAGAUGCUCUAAUGGAUGACAGCGAAACUCCUGCAUAUAAUCUGCACAUAGAACCACAAGAUGGAUGUCAUCCUGGUGACGGCGUGGAAAGUAUAGUAACAUGCUUGCCUUCUGCAUCAGAUGAAAAUGAAAAUCAACUUGAUGGGGAUGGGCUUGAGCUUCUGACCAGCAGUGACAGUGCAAUGGGCAAACCUGAAGUGUUGGAGCAGGACAGUCUGAACAAUAAUGAAAGCUGCACACCAAGCUGUGAGGUGGCUGCAAGUGAGAACUCGGAAAACAUUUCUUGUGAAAGCCCCAAAGACGGGCAGGCCCUCUUGAGAAAGGACCACAAGAUACCUGGAAGCAGAAGUUCAAGAGGCAAAAGAGGCACUGUAAAGAAGAUACCACAAGGAUUUUCUUCAGAAGAUACCACACCUUUAAUGCAAGAAAAUAUACUACAUGUAGCCACACAUGCCGUUAGUGAUGAAGAAUCUGCAGAAGUAAAUGCUAACGAUCAACUGGAAGCCUCAAAGUUGGUUCUGCAAUCUCUGUUCUCACUUAUACGAGGUGAAGUUGAGCAGUUGGAUUCAAGAGCACUUCCCCUUUGCCUUCACCAGAUAGCAGAGUCUUAUUUUCAGGAGGAGGACUAUGAGAAAGCAAUGAAAUUCAUUCAGCUCGAACGACUGUAUCAUGAGCAAUUGCUCGCAAAUCUUUCUGCCAUUCAAGAACAGUGGGAAACAAAAUGGAAAACUGUACAGCCACAUACAGUUACACCUUUGAGGAAUUCAGAAAAAGGAUUUAAUGGUGAAGAUUUUGAACGGCUUGCUAAAUUUUGUGCAACACAUCACGAUCCUCUUUUAUCCAAAGAUAAGAUAGCAGCUGUCCAGAAGUCCCUGGGAAGGAAAUGCUUUACGCAGUUAAUAGUAUCUGAAGAUCCAAAGGAAAGAGGAGCUACAGCCGAAGAGCUGGAGAGUGAAAUUUGUCUUGGCAUGGAAUCAAGAAAAGAAAGCCAACGUAAAGAAGAGACCCCGGAGAGCAGUCCCUGCUGUAAUGAGAUGGUCAGGCAGGCAGAUCCCCGGAGCCUCCUGGUAACUGCAGGGAAGGGCCACACGGAGGAGCCGCUCUGCAGCGCUGAAGCCACGCAGGAGCUCCACGCCCAGCCCUCGGAGUCGGCAGGGAGCAGGUCCAGCCCCCACUCCUCAGGGAACGCUCCUGAGGAUGACAGCCGCUUGCAGCUGGCUCAGACAGAGGCCUGCCAAGACCUGGCCGAAACAGAGCGGAUUGCUAAGGACCCUAAGGUUUCCAGCCAGUCAGUGACAGAGCCAUUGAUUUCACCAGGCUCUGACCAUAUACCUCCUGCAUUGAUUUCUGAGGGUAAAUACUCACAAAGAAAGGAACUCCGGUUGCCACUCCGGGAUGCUUCUGAGGCGUUGCCCACAGACCAACUUGAGAACAAUGAAUUAAAUGAGCUGCAGCAACCUGAUCUCACAGAGCGUGAUGGAAAAUCACCACAGGGGCAGGCUGACUCAGAGGGCUCUGAGAGUGUACUUUGUGAAAAUAAUCCAGUGUCUGAUUUAAGUACAGUGCUUCCAGAGGUGUAUAUGGCCCCAGAGGAACAGGGAGAUAAGGAAGAACAAGUCAGUAAGGAGACAGACGACUAUCUGAACAGCCUUUUAGAAGGAUGCUUAAAAGAUACUGAAGAUUCCCUCUCAUAUGAAGAUAACCAAGAGGAAGACUCUGAUUUCCUUCAAGAUCUUUCUCCUGAAGAAGCAUCCUAUAGCCUACAGGAGAACCUGCCUUCUGAUGAAAGCUGCCUCUCUCUCGAUGAUCUUGCAAAAAGGAUAGAGAUCGCAGAGGUUGUUCCUGCUGAAGGACUGGUCUCUAUAUUGAAGAAGAGGAGUGAUGCUGUAGGAGAUCAUCCCGCCCAGAUGCAGCAGAAAACACCCAAGCGAAGAGUGAGAUUCCAAGAAAUAGACGACAGCUUAGAUCAAGAUGAAGUUGGAGGUGGUUCCUGUAUUUUACUGGUCUUGCUGUGCAUAGUGACGGUUUUACUUAGUGUGGGAGGAACUGCGUUAUACUGCACUUUUGGUGACAUGGAGUCACCCGUUUGUACAGACUUUGCAGACAACAUGGACUUCUAUUACACUAAGUUACUACAGGGAAUAGCGGAACUUAAACACUGGAUCUACCUCUCCUAGCAAGCGUUCACGAGGGACAGGCAUGCUGGCAGUGAGCAUCACAGAGGGAGACUUUCUAAGCAGCUUUUAUUUCAGGAGUUCUGUAACAUGCGCCGCCCCCCGCCCCCCCGCCGCCUCCCCACAGAGGAACAACAAACAUCAGAAACAGCAACUGUAAAUGGCAAUCCAGAGGAGCUCUCAGAAUAAUCACAUAAUGAAGCGAUAUUGAUCUGAGCACUGUGGAUGGAGGGAAUGGUCUUUGAACAGCAUGUCCACCUCCCCCUCGCUGCUUCCUAGUGUAAUGAGCUACACUGAGCAGAAUUAGACAGGGCAGUGCUGGAGCCAAACCAUUUUUGGCUACCUUCAAGCUAAUGGUUGACUUCCCUGGUGGCUCAGAUGGUAAAGCAUCGGCCUACAAUGCGGGAGACUCAGGUUCAAUCCCUGGGUCGGGAAGAUCUCCUGGGGAAGGAAAUGGCAACCCACUCCAGUACCCUUGCCUGGAAAAUCCGAUGGACAGAGAAGCCUGGUAGGCUACAGUCCAUGGGGUCGCAAAGAGUCAGACACGACUGAGCGACUUCUUCACUUCACUAAGCUAAUGGUUAAAGGACACUGUUGAUUUACAAUUGUUGGUCCAAAGACAUUGCUUCCAGCCAUCCCGCAAUAAGUUUGUGUGUAAUGAAAAGGCGUUUCCUUAUGGUUUCAGUGUCUUUUUUAGUUCACGUUGGGAGCUAUAUAAUUUAGGCUUUGUGCACUCUUUCCAGAUUCAGUUUUCCACUUGCGAAAUGGUUUGUGUGUGUGUGUGUGUGUGUGUGUGAGUAUUUCAGACAGUUAUCAUAAGCAAAAACCCAACAUAAAAUAACGAAGAAUAUUCUUCCAACAUGACUACCAAUGUGCAGGCACAAAACUUUCAAGAAGGCUUAACUGUGGAACAGAUGAAUUAUAGAAAUCUUGGCCCUGAAUUGAGAAACUGUGACAGAUACAGCGACACUUAACUUGGUUAACUAGCCAGAAGUUCAUCACAGGCCUAGAGAUAAAACCGAAUAGCUCCCUCUGAGUCUCAGGCAACCAGUUUCAUCAUGGAUUCAAUGCUUCCUGUAAUGGAUGCCGGAUUCAGCUCAAUUCAGUAAAGACCUAUUGAGCACCUAUUAUGUUCUGAGAAUCUAAGACCCCUUCUGCAAAGAUAAAUAAGAUAUUAGUUCCUGCUCUAGAUGUUUUGAUCCUGGUCUUAGGUAAAAUAAACUAAUACUUUAAUGAAUGAAAUUAAAUCAUCAUAUAUAAUUCAGUAUUAACAGAUCAGACAUUCAGAUGCUUGAAUGUGCAUUCAUAUCAUGGGCUUAAUUCAGACCUAAUAUGGGGUCAUUAGAUGAAAAUUCAAUCAUAUCUUAAAUAGACAAAUGUCUGAUUUUUAUUUAAAUCUGUCAGUUUUCCUUUCCUAAAGUACAGUGACCUAACGAUUAGGAAGCCUUUCUUUAACUUUUUUAUCUCACUGAUAGCAUUCUAAAAGAAACAAAACACAUGGAUUAUAGUUUUCUAGCAGUGAUCAUUAUUUCAUGUUUUUCCAUUAGGAUCAUUUGAAAGAAAAAGAGAAUUUUCUUACUAGUUGUUACUGGCUGGUACAGUACAUCCCUUCAUGUUUCAGCUUAUUUAUUUAGACUUAUGAUUUUUAAAGGGCUUUUUAUAGAAGUUGAAAUUGUGUCGUUUAGCACGCAUUUGGUUAUACCUGAUAUUUAAUUACUGUAUACUUAGUGUUUUGAUUUUCUAUAAUUUCAACUCAGUGUGUUUUUAGGCUUAUUUUUAAAUUGAUGUUUUAUUUUUACUUAUAAUACUGUUUGACUUGUCUCUAUCAUGCCACCAUAAACUAUAAUAUUUUCAAGGAUUAUAGAUCAAAGAUAUUUAUUUAGAAGUGUACAAGAUACUGAAAUCUAGAUUCCUUAUACUUAAGGCUGAUUUUAUUAGAAGAUUAUUUUAAUGUUCUAUGAUAAAUUUUAAGAAUUUGUAUUCAACUUGUAUGUAAAUAUAUAAAAUGCUGAUGGUACUAUCUUAUGUGGUUCUGUAAGAGACAUUCACAAAGUCUACUGUGUGGGUAUCCCCAACAUAGACAAACCUCUUCUGUUUUACCCUCAUGAUUUCUAGUUACAGAAAUUUGGCAAUGCUGAUUUCUGCCGGUUUUAUGUCAAGAUAAGUCAAAAUUUCCUUCCUGUUCCUUUUUUCGAUCACUAUUGAAGUUCUAAAUAAUCUGUAGUAUUACAUUGGCCACCAGGGCCAUUGCUUCGGAAACUGAGGAUUUCCUGGGUGCCUUCACACUGAGGGGAAAGACCUGAGAUGACGCUUUGGUCCCUGGAGGCAGCUGCAUCUCAGGAAAGCCACGCUUGUCCUCGCUGUGUCCCAUGGAGAGGGAGCUGAGCUCAAGAGCAUACUGAGGUCUUGAUUUAAAAUAGGCAUGAAAUCUCACCUAGAAAAACUAGGGCAGCUUUUAAAAAUGUAAUGGUCAUUUAUUGCAUGAAUUGGAGUAAUUACAUCUGGUGAUGGGAGAAUUGUUAUCUCUCAUAAAAAAUUCAUCCAGUUUUACUAUCAUGUAAUUUUUUCCUGUCAUUGGAAAGUACUGACAACGAUUUGUAACUAAUCUUCCUUAAAAACUGUAUUUGGGGGUAACAGAUCAAGCGUGUAAUUUAAAAUCUACACCAACAAAA